GUGUGCCUGAAGCCGAGCAUUGAGCAAUGGGAUCGGAGGUGUUCUUAUGCAGAAGGGAAGGACCUUCCCUGCCAGUGAAGCUCCUGAGAGCAAAUGCUUGGUAACGUCUUUCUCUCUAUCCGUGAGGUUGUCUGGAGUGGACUCUAAGAAAAGGCUGAUCCUCAGGAAGAAGUCAAGAUGGAAGGCCGGAAGUCCCCUUUGAAAAGCCCCCAGAAGCUUUCUCUGCUGUUUUCCCCGAUGCGGGCCGCGAUUCGUCUGCGGAGGACAGCCCACAUGCUGAAAAAGGGGUUCUUGCCUGGGGACCCUCAAGUCAAAAUUCUCCAGAGGCAGCUUUCCUUGGGCAAACCCAAAUUCGGCGGUGCCUCCAACCAAGCUACUUUGAACAACUCCCAGUAUUUUACUUUUGACCCCUCAACCCCGCUCCCUCUGACCAAGCCCAGCCGAAAGAAAAAGAUGACAAGGAACCGCCGAGUGCUGUAUCCAGAAAGCUCCAAAAAAUACCUCCCAACUGAGCACAAGAGCAAAGCAAAGCGAUUUCUCCUCUUGCUCAUUGCCAUCAUUUGCUUCCAGAUCCUCAACGCCAUUGAGAACUUGGACGAUAACCUCAUGAAAUACGACCUGGAUGGGUUGGAGAAGACCAUGGCCCGGGAGGUUUUUGGGCAGCCCUUUGUAAUUGAAAGGGUCAUGGGACUGCUGAAAGAUUACUUGGCCACCCACGUCCAUAACAAACCUUUGGUGAUCUCCUUCAAUGGCCCAAGUGGAGUUGGGAAGAGCCACAUCGGUUGGCUUCUAGCUAAGCACUUCCGGUCCAUCAUGGGACCCCACUCCGUGCUCCACUACUUCAUGAAGCAUCACUGCCCGGAUGGAGCAUCUGUCUCCAUGUGCCAAUUGGAGUUAUCAGAGACAGUUGGAGACAUGGUGGCCCAAGCUGAAAUCGAGGAAAUCAUCCCAGUGUUUAUUCUGGAUGAGGUGGAGUUCAUGCCCGAAGCUCUGCUGGAGACACUUGGUGGGUUUUUCCAGACAAACCAAACCAACAAGUACCUCAAUGCUGUGUACAUCCUCAUCAGCAACCUGGGGGGUGAGGAGAUCACAGAUCACUUUCUCCAGAAUGUCUCCAGUGACCCGUUGCACCCCCAGAGGAAAAUGGAAGAGCUUCAGAGCGUUCUUUGCCCCAUCCUGAGUCAUGUCCACCCUCUCUGGACAGGGGCGGAGAUCGUUCCAUUUGGGUUGUUGGAGAAAACCCACAUCUUGAGCUGCUUCUAUGAGGAGAUGAUGAGUGAAGGGAUUUACCCAGAUCCAAGUCACAUGGAACGCUUGGCUGGCCAACUCAGCUAUUACAAACAGGCAGGGCAGGAAUUUGGAAUAACUGGUUGUAAACAGGUGGUAGCCAAAGUCAAUCUCCUAUAAGGACAGAGCGCAGAUCUCCAUGUCUCCCACUUGGAACUCUCCUAUAUUUUCCUCACUUUGGCUGUCUAUGUCUUCAGGGAUAUGGAUAAGGGACAGCACCAUAUUUGUGUGGAGUUAAGUUAUGGGUACGGUGACAUGGGACUGGACCAAGAUUCCAAAGCUUACUUUCCAAAAAAGGGGGCGUGGCUGUAGGUGGAAAGGGCAAGGUUAAGAGGGUGUGGUUAAAUCAGAAUGGGUGGGACUUCAAGAGCGAUUAAUAGA